UUUUCAUCAUUUCCUUUCAAAUCUGACAUUAACUCUCCGAGCAUCAAGAGGGAAAAGGCGGAGGAAUCGCCCGAAAUCCUAUACGCGGUGACCGUACAUUAUAUUACCGGUGACCGUACAUCAUGGAGCUGGAGGUCCAGGGUCUGACUGACGCCGUGGACACCGACUUCCUGAUUCUGUACCUGGAGAGCCGGCGUCACUCUGGUGGAGGUCCGGUCUCCUCCUACUCCCGCACCGGGUCACAGGCGCUGGUCACAUUUGAGAACCCUUCUGAUGCAGAGAACGUAUUGUCUAAGGAGGAACAUAUUGUACAGUCUGUCAAUAUCCACGUGAGGCGUCUCCCCCCGUGGGAUCCUGGAAAAGUGGCUCUGUGUGGCCUUCACCCGGAAGCAGAAGAGUGUUUGCUGGAAUUGUAUGUGGAGAAUGUAAGUGGGCGAGAAGACUUCCUCCUGGUGCGGUCCUUGGAUCAGAGGACGGUCCUGGUCGCCUUCCAUCGGCCCCUGAGUGAUGACGAAUUUAACCGUUUGGAGAGAAGCGUUCAGAAGCGGUCCGUACAUGGAUCGUGGCCAUCUGUGCAGCGCGUCCGUCUCUGCGCUGAGGUCUUGGUGGAGAAUGUGGGGAGUAGUAUCUCAAAGGAACUUCUGGAGAUAUAUUUUGAGAGUCACCGAAGUGGAGGUGGCAGAGUAAACUGGUUGACCAUGCUCAGGAACAACUCUACCGCCGUCGUGUCCUUCUCUGAUGUCAGUGUGGCCGCACGAGUUCUGAGUCGGUCGCAUUCACUGCAGGACUGCCAGCUUGCUGUCUCUCCAUACUACCCUACUCUGAUGGGGUCUCCAAGCACAGAGGAGACUGGACCGCAAGAAGGAAACCACAGCGAGGGUCCACAGGGUGAGGAAGGCCGUGGCAAUGAGCUACAGGGGCAGCUGCAGAAUGGGCAGCAGACUGACAUGAGAACAGAGGAUGAGAUUGAGGUUCAGGACUGGCAUGGGGAGGCACGGAGUGAACCUGUCAUUAUGGACCUUUCCAAGGAUCAGGCCCAAGACCUAGCAGUGAAGGACCAGAACAGGGGUCAGCAAAAAGCAGAGAUACCUGAAGGGGUGAUGGCAGCAGCUCCUCCGAUGGUGGCCAUAAGAGACAAGGAGACAAGGGUCAGCAGUGACACAGGCACUUCACUCAGGUCCAUGCAAGAAGCUGAGGUUCUAAUGGACUCAUCGGAGCUUCGAUUCAUGCAAGAAUAUCAACAUGAGCUGCUGGCAGGAAUGGACCAAGUGACCAUUGUCCCACUAGAGGCACAAGACAGAUGUGGAUUUAAGGUUGCUGGAGAUGUGGUCUCCUGUAAGACGGCAGUGGAGCUUCUUUCUCACAUGGUGUCCUCUCUGUCAUCUCGUAUGGUGACAUUACAGUAUCCGGGGGUGUCACUCUUUCUACUGGAAGACGAGGGUCAGCAGGCAGUGCUGGAGAUUGAACAGCAGCAACGGUGCAUCAUCGACAUGUCUCAUCUUAGUUGGAAUGUGGCGGGCAGUAAGCAUGUGGAUCCCUGGAGCUUUGUACAUAUCUCCGACACCUCUCCUGUACAGUCCAUCAUGGCUGAAGAGUUGUCAGAAGCAGCAGGUGCACGGCUUGCUGCAGACAUAGAGGAUAUAAAGGUAUUUGCUUCUCUCCUGGAGAGUUCACAGGAUGAAGACGACAAAGGAGAAACCGUUGAAUGGAACCUAAAACAAGAAGACAAUGAAGUGGAUCUCUAUACAGAUAACUCUGCCAAAAGCCAAGAUGAAGGCUCCUCUAAAAGUGAGGAUGAAGAGCUGGACCAGGCGUGUAAGAUGUCACGAGAUGAGUUUCAGAGCGAACGACUGGAUGAAGAAGCUCAGCUGCUCCUAGCCAUACAGAUGUCCAUGGACACCCAAGGCACAACCAUGGAGGACGAGGACAAGCAGUUACAACAGGCUCUAGAGCUUUCUCUUAGAGAACAAGUCUUGGAGGAAGUAGAAGAAUCUUUACAGAGGGCUCUAGAAAUGUCUCUACAAAAUCCCUGGCCUUAUAAGACAACUCAUGCCCAAGAGCACAUUGAGGUUUCUGGAAAUGAGAUAGAAAAAGCUUUGAACACUGCUCAAAUAAAGGUACUGGCAGAGGACGAGACCAGUCUGGUGGUGGCAUGUGCAACCAUAAGGAAGGCCGUUACCGGAAGGCUAUGCACUGUGACCCUGGAUGGAAUAGACAAUUUCCAGAACAAAGCGGAGAUCUUGUCUGCUCUGGAGAAGAAACACAUGGUGACCAUUACUGUGCAUGAAGGGCAGGCACAGAUACACGGAUUCUUACAAAACCCCCUAAAGUGCCAGGAACAACUGUCCCUGAUCCUGGACGCACUCCCUGCAGGCAGCAGGCCUCAGGCCGGGCCUAUGACUCUGGACCCACUGCAGACAGUAGUCCUUAUCCCUGUGUCCGACUCAUCAGAGGAGUAUAACAGGGUUGUCCAGCAAUUCCUCGACACACUACAUGAGCUGGGAUCCGUCACUCAAGUCCUUCAGGUGCAAAAGGUGCAAAACACUUUACUGUAUAACCAGUACCAGCUGAAAAAGCAGAGCAUGCUGGCGCAGCGCCCCGGAACCCUCAUUGAGCGCACACUUUACCAUGGAACCACAGAAAAUGGCGCCAAAGAAAUCUGUCACCAUGGGUUUAACCGCAGCUUCUGUGGAAAGAACGCCACUUUCUAUGGGCACGGUGUGUACUUUGCUAUUGAGUCUACAAUGUCUGCCAGAGACAAAUAUUCGCCCCCAUCCAGUGCAGGAAACAAGUACAUUUUGGUGGCGCAGGUUCUGACUGGAGAGUUUGCUUUGGGAAAAGAAGACAUGAAAACGCCUCCCAUUAAGCCAGGAACGGUUGGUGAGGUUCCGCAGAGAUACGACAGCUUAGUAGACCAUCUUCAGAGCCCCGCCAUCUUUGUCAUAUUUAAUGAUACACAAGCUUAUCCACAAUACCUUAUUACCUGCCGUAAUAAUAAAGACAGUGGGAAAUAAGCGGAGGCCAAGCAACGCAUCAAGAAGUGGAAGUAACGUAAAGAAUUAUAAUAUUGGGUGAAGAAUGGGGAACAGAUUAUCAAGUGAUGAGCAGGCCGGGAACACGGGCUCAUAUCCUGGGAGGAUCACUGGCUGAUAACGGUCCCGCUGAUGUCAGGACACGAGCCUGUAACCACAGAUUGUCUUGUGCCAGUGGCCACCUAUUUAGUAGGCAACACCUUAGGUCAUAUGGGGCUUUAAAAUGUUUGUCGCGCUUUCAAAAUAAAGCAGAUUAUAGUGCA